AUGGUUAUUUUCUAUACAUUGAAAGCUAUCAAGGCAAAACUUAAUGACCAAAUUAAUGUAGCCAAAAAUUCAGGCUGUGGCAUUUUGAAUUCAGGGUCUCCGAUUAGCUGCUUUGCUCCUAGGAACUUCAGUGCACACCAGGCUGCCCAUGUGGAAAGGUCCUGCUGGGACUCACUGAUUCACUACCAGCAGGAUGAAGAGGGCCAAUACAAGACAAAGUCUCUUUGGCCGCACAAGGUUAUCCCCUAUUCCCUGCUGGCCUUGGCCAUGGUUAUGUAUCUGCCAGUUCUGCUGUGGCAGUAUACAGCAGUGCCAGCGCUCAGCUCAGAUCUUCUGUUCAUCAUCAGAGAACUGGACAAAUCCUAUAACCGCUCCAUCCGCCUGGUGCAACACAUGAUGAAGAUCCAGAAGAGCUCUGAAUCCCACAUUCAAGUUUUCUGGGAUGAGCUGGAGAACAUUGACACAGUGGUGGAUUUCAUGGCUUUAUUGGCUGGCUUAGAGGCCUCAAAACCUAACCCCCUCACCCAUUGUGUAUCUGAUGAACACUUGUAG